AUGCCCGCUACGUCCUGUCCCCCUAACUUCGCGCGGGGGCGGAUGAGCCCUUUUCGAAGCGGCCGCAGGGAGGAGCUGCCUGCGCCGUGGGCGCGCCAGGAUGAUGAAGAAGGUGGUGUCGAAGCAGUCUCCGCCCAAGAUAUUCGCCCAGGUGGCACUAUGAAGACGCUAAAGAAGGAUUCCCGCCUCAGAAUACCAACCACCAAAUUAUUUGAGGUGUCAGACAACUGGAAAGAAAAGAAAAAGGCAAAGCUUCCUGAGCAGCCCACACCCCCUAUUCAGGAAGAGCCAGAGCCUGUUAGCAAUGUCCUUCAAGGAGAUGACAUCCUUGCCUUAGCCAUUAAGAAAGAAGACCUGAAGAAGCAACACCUUCCUCACCUGAAAACGGAAGCUAAACCUGCCCAGAAAUUUAUCGUCCGUAAAUUCAAACCCAAGACUCUUAAGAGGGAGGUCCGCCACUUAGUAGCCCACUCUGCCCCUCCAGAUGCAGCCACUAAGCCCCUGGACUUUGGUCCCGGUCACAGCUUCAAGGACAGUCACCAGAUCCUGCCCCACCACAUCUUGGGGAAUCUUCAGGACUUUAAGAGAAUUGCACUUGCUCGAGGCAACACCAAGCUGGCGGAACAGAUACCCACUCCGCCCUGUCUGUUAACCCUCAUCUCAGCAAAAGAUGAGCCAAAGUUCCCCAAAACUCCCAAAGCAGAGAAGGAACAUCUCUGGACCCCAUCUCUUCAACACAAUUUUCUGAAAAACUGGCAGCGCCACAUUGCCCUGCGGAAGCAGCAGCAGGAAGCCCUCAGCAAACACCUGAAGAAGCCGGUUGGUGACCUGGUGAUGCAUGCUGGGGAGGCCUACCGACGGAUUCAGGAAGAGCAAGAGUGCAUUGAUCGUGCCCUUCCCACGCAGCAUGACGGGAAGUGUGGCGAUGAGAACAGUGGCUUCUGGAGUCGACUGGAAUAUGUGGGAGAUGAAAUAACAGGUCUGGUCAUGACAAAGACAAAACGACAGCGUGGCCUCAUGGAACCCAUCACUCACGUCAGGAAGCCCCGCUCCAUCAGGGCAGAGUUGGGGCUACCAGAUCAGAAGGAUGCCUGGUACCGCUCCACCUGGGAUCGGAGUCUGUUUCUGAUUUACCGCCGCAAAGAGCUACAGAAUGUCCUGGCUGAGCUGGAUUUUAACCAGCAGGAUAUUGAUGGCCUGGAGGUGGUGGGCAGAGGGAAGCCUUUCUCAGCAGUUACGGUAGAAGACUAUAAGCUGUUUGAAAACAUCGAGGAAACGUCCUCUGAAGACACAGUCAGCUUAGACUUAAUGACCAGUAGCUCUGAUGUCUCCAUGCCUAUUCUCGGCCCCUCCCUGCUGUUCUGUGGUAAGCGGGCGUUCUGGAUCAGAGGCAGUAACCCACAGGACAAGGGUCAGGUUGGAAUUGCUGCCUGCAUGGUUUUUGAAACUGUAGAAGGGGAGAAAACAUCUUCAGAACUGACUGUGGUUAAUAAUGGCACGGUGGCCAUUUGGUACGACUGGCGGCGGCAGGCCCAGCUGCAAUCCUUCCAAGACUUGACAAGAAACAGGACCCAACGGUUUUACUUUAACAACCGGGCAGGAGUGAUUCUGCCUGGAGAAACAAAGAACUUCACCUUCUCCUUCAAGUCUCUGGAUGCUGGGAUCUUCAGGGAAUCAUGGGAAUUUAGAACUCACCCCACUGUCUUAGGAGGUGCCCUCUUGCAAGUCAAUCUGCAUGCCAUCUCCCUGGCCCAAGACAUUUCCAGGCAGGACCGGAUGUCACUGCAGAAUAAGCUGACUUCCCGUGAAGCCCUGACCACUGUGGACAGCCUGGUGCAGGAGCUGCAGAAGGGGAUCCUCACCCCAGAGCGCUCCUUCUCCCCCGUGGAUGCCUAUGUCACUGAGGAGGACUUGUUCCACUACAGGAAUCCCCUGCUCCAUUACCAGCACCCAGUGGUCCAGAACCUGCACAAGAUGUGGCAUCAGUACAUAAUGGUGCCCCCCAAAGCCCCGGACGCCAGGCUGGCUGAGGAGGAGCAGCUCAGUUCCAGGACCCGGCACCCCCAGGCCCAGUCAGCCUCUGUCUUGGGGGGCCACCCAUCCCGGUCCGAGGGCGGAGCCCAGAAGCAUGGAUCUAAAUUUCCUCCGUGGAAGACCACCAAGGAGGAGAUCCCCCAGAUGGAGAGCACCGGGAGCCCCUUGGAGUCCGAGAGCCAACCCGUGCCCGAAUGGAACCUCUGUCUGGACGACUUCAAAAAGGCAGUGAUGGCACUUCCUGAUGAAAACUACCAAGAAGAAGCCUUAAUCAGACUUAACAGAGGGGCUCUGGAGCUGUGUCAGGAGCCCACACGGCAGCAGUCAGACUUCCUGUACCAGAACUGUUUGCAGCUGUGGUGGAAUGUGAUUGACAGUCUCGUGAGCUACUCGCUGUGGCUGCGGGCUCUGCUGGGCCUGCCUGAGAAGGAGACCAUCUAUCUGGAUGGGCCAGACGAGCAAGAUCACAAAUUACCUCCUGUCAUGGAAGUGAAGGUGACUGCUGGCAGAGUCGGGAAGGAGGACCGGAAAGGGCCGUACCAAGAAAAGAAGCAACUAGGAAUCAAAGACAAAGAGGAUAAAAAAGGAGCCAAGUUACCGAAAGAGCAGGACCGUAUAAACAGCAAGAAGCAAAAAGCAAAGGAUGACAAGAAACUAAUGAAAUCUACAAGCCGGGACAGGGUUUUCAUGGAUGACAUGACCCCUGACAGUCUCAGCCCCUCCCAAGAACCCAUCGACCCCCUGGUCAUGGAGGCAUACAUCCAGAGCCUGCACUCAGAGGUCUAUGAGCUGCUGGACACGCUGGUGACCAGGGUGAUGAUUCUGGCUGAUGACCUCAGCCCCAUGAAGAGGAGUGUUUCUAUCUUUGAGACCGACUUGCCUUCUGGGAGCUGGCAAACAGACAAAUCAAUAAAGAACUUUUAA